CUUACGCUUGCAGAGACCUCAUUUAUUUUAGAUUUUGGCCCUAAAAUUAUAGCUUUGCAAUCGUUUCGUGCUUUGAUUCUUGCAUUUCUUUCUGGAUUGCAAGUUUGUAGCCGUUGAUGGCUUCAGUCGGGGGGAGUCAGCUGCGGGGGGAGGCAGGCCCCCACGUUGCUGCACGUCUGCAGUGUCCCUUAUGUGGGAAUUUCUCCAAAAGCCAUACUCACCAACUGUCCCACAUGGCUUCCACCCACCCCACCUGCCUGGACGAUGUGGCCAUGGGGCGCCUGGGGAACAUCAUCAUGUAUCAGAGCGGCGCCCAGCUGUUCCACUGCGCAGACUGCUUUUACACCAGCAGAGACUUCAGCAAACUCUACCAGCACAUCAUCGCCCAGCACUGUCUGGAUGAGACGGCGGGAGGAGCCGCCGACGGGGAAGACAACGAGAGCGAGAAGGCGGGAGGAGCCGCUGACGGGGAAGACAACGAGAGCGAGAAGGCGGGAGGAGCCGCUGACGGGGAAGACAACGAGAGCGAGAAGGCGGGAGGAGCCGCUGACGGGGAAGACAACGAGAGCGAGAAGGCGGGAGGAGCCGCCGACGGGGAAGAUAACGAGAGCGAGAAGGCGGGAGGAGCCGCUGACGGGGAAGACAACGAGAGCGAGAAGGCGGGAGGAGCCGCCGACGGGGAAGACAACGAGAGCGAGAAGGCGGGAGGAGCCGCUGACGGGGAAGACAACGAGAGCGAGAAGGCGGGAGGAGCCGCUGACGGGGAAGACAACGAGAGCGAGAAGGGGGACAAGGAAGGCGAGGAGGAUGUGAAGGGAGCUGAUGAAGAAGAUGCCACAGCACCAGUGGGAAAGAGUAGCGGGGAGGAGGAAGACGGCGCCUCCCAGAGGUUGGAUUCAGUCAAAGCGGAUGGGGAAGCAGACAACACGGUGCUCCUCUUUAAAAAAGGGGUGUACCACUGCCUGAUUUGCAGCUGGAAAAACAAGCUGAAAGUGCAGGCCAUCAGCCAUGUGGUGCGCAAACACAGCAUCCCCCAGGUGUACGUGGUCCAAAGGAUCAAAGCAGACACCGCUGCUUACACUUCACCCAAACAUUUGAGCAGUGGCACAGAGGAGGAGGAGGAGGAGAAGAUGAGUGCCGCCCUCUUAAAGGAGGAAAUGGAGGCAACGGCCCAGGUGGUCCAGUUCACCUCCAACCGCUACGUCUGUCUCAUCUGUGGCUGGAAGACCAAAAUGAAAGGUUUUGUCAUAAGUCACGUGGUGCGUUGCCAUGACGUCCAGCGACCAUACAGCUGCAAAGGCUGCCAUUCCUCCUUCUUCCUGCCAAGCCAACUGCAGCAGCACGUCAGGGCGGCUCACCGGCCGGGACGCUUCAUCUGCCCCUUCUGCGGCUUCAGGUCGCACUUCCUGGGCGGCUUCCGAAGGCACUGCAGCCGAUGCAAGGAGGGGGAAGGGGUGGAGGGCUUGGCCGUGGAGGUAUGGGGCCAGGUGGAAACUAAAGCAACGAGAGCUGGGAGGAAAAGAGCACGCAGGUUGAUUGCAGAGGGGGAAGAGGAGAUGAUGUAAGCUGACUGCCAGGGCUGUCGCUCUCCAAGUGAAGAUUUAUUGAGUACCCCCAAAAUAUCAACCCAUCAUGUUGCACUGGCGAUAAUAAAUCUUGGGUUUUUUUUUUUUUUUACAUAAAUUGAAAGGAAAAAACAUCCCAUGACGCAAUGGUUGUCUCUGAAAAACGGUAAAGGAGGCACAAAUGUUUCGCUUUUCCACAUAAGGAAGUGAUUUACAAUAAUUUUCUGCAAUAAAAGAUGUCGAACUAAA